AGCAGCGCAGCCGAGGCAGCGGAGGCAGCGGAGGCAGCGGAGCCUCGAGGGUGCGGGCUCGGCACCCAUGGCGCCCGCCGCCGUCUGGGCCGCGCUGACCGUGGGACUGCAACUCUGGGCCGCGGUGCACGCCGUGCCCACCCAGGUUACAUCGAUACCCUAUGACCCAAAAACUGGAAGCAUGUGCCAGCUGAGAGAGUACUACGACAAGACGGUGCAGAAGUGCUGUGGCAUGUGUCCACCUGGCCAGCGUGUGAAACACUUCUGCACCAAGACCACAGACACCGUGUGUGCCGACUGUGAGGACAGCACCUAUACCCAGCUCUGGAACUGGGUCUCCAAGUGCCUGGGCUGUGGUUCCCGCUGUAGCUCCAACCAGGUGGAAACACAAGUUUGCACUCGGGAGCGGAACCGCGUGUGUGCAUGCAGGCAGGGCUGGUACUGUAUGCUGAGGAAGCAGGAUGGCUGCCGGUUGUGCAUGCCACUCAGCAGGUGCCGCCCUGGCUUCGGAGUGGCCAGAUUAGGAACUGUGAACUCUGAUGUGGUGUGUGCCCCGUGUGCUCCUGGAACAUUCUCCAACACCACUUCAUCCACAGAUGCAUGCAGCCCCCACCGCACCUGUGAUGUGGUAGCCAUUCCAGGCAAUUCAAGUAUGGAUGCGGUCUGCAUGUCUGUGUCCGCCACCCUGCACACAGUCUCAGGGACAGCUCACACACCCCAGACAGUGUCCACGAGAUCCCAGCCAGUGGAGACAACGUUAGAGCCCAGUCCAGCUCUAAGCACUUCCCUGACAUUCUCAGAGAGCUCCAGGCCCCCAGUUGGAGGGAUCAGAGUGGGCAUGGGUCUUCCCAUCGGACUGAUUGUGGGAGUGACGUCCCUGAGUCUGCUGGUGGUGGGACUGGUAUACUGUGUCUUCGUGAGCCAGAAGAAAAAGAAGUCCUCCUGCCUGCAGAGAGAAGUCAAGGAGCCUCACUUGCCUGCCGAGAAGGAGCAGCAGCACCUGCUGACCACAGCACCCAGUUCCAGCAGCAGCUCCCUGGAGAGCUCAGCCAGCACCGGGGACAGGAGGGUGCCCCCCAGGCAUCAGACACAGGCACCCACCACGGGGAAGGACAGAGGGUCCGGGGAGGCCGGGGCCAGCUCCAGGAGCUCAGAAUCCUCCCCUGGCAGCCAUGGGACCCAGGUCAAUGUCACUUGCAUCGUGAAUGUCUGUAGCAGCUCUGACCAUGGCUCACAGUGCUCCUCCCAAGCCAGUACCACCAUGGGGGACUCAGAUGCCAGCCCCUCAGGCUCCUCAGAAGAUGAGCAGGUCCCCUUCUCCAAGGAGGAGUGCCCCUUUCAGUCACAGUUGGAGACCCCAGAGACUCUGCUGCAGAGCCUGGAAGAGAAGCCCGUGCCCCUUGGUGUACCUGAAGCCGGCAUGAAGCUCAGUUAACCAGGCCAUCGAGGCUGUCACAGACAGGGUGGAAUGACCCUGCAAAAGGGGGUCUCCAGACCUUCUAGACCUCCACUCCCCAGAACUCUGUGUGACUUUCUGGGCCAACUUCCUUUAGCAGCCUCCACAGCCCCAGCCUCCCUCUCACCUGCAGGUUGAGCGAGGGACAGGACAGCCAGAGUGGCAGAAAACCAUUGCAGGUCUGGCCUUCUCAGAAGGCCAGCUGGGCAUAGGUAUGCAGAGCACCUGGGCAAGUCCUUGCCCUCUGUGACCUGCUCCCAACUGGACCUGAAAGCUGGGCUUCCAGAGCCCCUUCUGGUCAUUUUUCUCUGGCUUCCAGGGCUCCUUCCCCAACCCUCUCCACCCGAGGGGCUUACUGGGAAGGAGGGACUCUGUGUGAGUCAUUCAAGGAGAAAGGAUAAUGCUGGACCUUGAAUGCUGAGACCCUAGGAUGGUCCCCAUGGGGGCUAUCAAUCAGAGGGUUCUAUGUGGGAAAGAAGAGGUGGCAGCCCUGUAGGGGACAGGCCCCUCAGGUUAGCUCAGGACUGUUGGAAAGAAUCCACUUUUUCCUGCUUGUUCUUUUUGUACCUUGGUGUGAAAAUCAGACUCCCAGAGGGCCCUGGCAGGCAAUUUUGCUCAGUGCUGCAGCCUGGCAGGAUGGCAGACCUCAAACUGGGGUGUGGCUCUGUGGCAGAGGGCCAUGGUUAGCAUGCUGGAGGCUUGGGUCCCAUCCUCAGCACCACAAGAAAAAAACAAAAGCAAGUACCAUUCAGGCAAACAAGACAACAAAACCAGCUCCUGAGUGCCACUGGUAGCCUCGGCCUUUGAGCUUCACUCCAGUGUACCCAGGCUUCAGCCCUCCUCCCUUGCUGUCUGAUGAACUAUUUCAAAGCCACACCUUUUCCUGUCAGGGAAUUUCAGGAACUGGAGAGGUCCAAGGUCCCUGCAGCCAUCUCUCUCCACCUACCUCAGUCUGGACCUUUCUUCAGCUUCUGGAGGGGUGUGUUCCCUCCCACUCCCCAACUCCCUGAUCCCAGGGUCGCUGGGGAACCACUUUGGUACUGUGUGCACUGUGAUGCAGAGAGGCUGAGAAGCUGAGAGCCAGUUGUGUGUCUGUGUUGUGUGUUGUGAGUUUGUACUGUCCAUGCUGUCAAGCUGAGUGGCCCGUCCUGAAGCAGCUGAAGCCAGCAGUUUUGCUAGGAAAUGCUUCCCCAUUAGAGAGUCAACCUACUCCCUCCAACACACGCCCAGAUCUGGAAAGAAGAGGGUUGGGAGUCUCCAUGAGAGGCCAGUUCAGUCUCUUGGAUCCCUUGUCCAUACAUUCCACUGGACUUGAACUUGGCAGCUGAACUACUGAGGGUAGGAGAGCCUUCCUGUCACCAUGAGGACAAGAAGGGUUUCCACCAGGGUAUCAAAAUGUGACACUGCCUGGACUGGACUGGACAAGUCUCUGCCCAUUACACCCCUGUGCAGCGAUGGAGCAUGUCUGCCCCCUGGUGGAAGGUUCUGGGAGGACCUUCAGUUUCCUGGCAUCACUGAGCAGAGCAAGGGAGGACUCAGAGUUGGAAGGACUCCUUCUGGUGUGGCCCCAGUUUCCCCUGCUUGUGCUGAUCCUAAGACAAUGAGAGUUUGCACUGUGUGUUGGACAGCGUCCCUGCAUAUAAAUAAACAUUUUGUUAUACACGUUGACCCCUCUGGCUGGGGUCUGGGUUGGGAGUUUGCCAAUGGUCCUGCUGGCCUUCCACCAAUGUAUGGGGACAGAUGGGGUUGUGGCCAGUGCAGUCCAGCAGGCCCACGGUGUGACCAGCCCAGAGGCCUCCCAGUUACAGUCGCCCUUGCUGAGAGCCUGGCCUCCCCUCCGGCCUGUGAACAAGACAGAACUUCCGGCCAGGACCAGCCUGCUAGCCCCCAAAUGGAUCCCAUCUCCUGCUCUGCCCUAGGUCUGGUCGCCUCAGCUUGCUCUGGGUUGGGGUGAGGUCUUGGCAGAUCUGCCCUGUAUGAGCAGCCUCUCAAGAGCAAGGCUCUGCCCUCCCAGAGCCUCCCAAUCUGAGUGGAUUGCCAUGAAGCCCAUCCCUGGAUGCUCUGAUCAGCAGGGGGCUCUGGGAGGACAGAGGAGGGCUGUGGAGACUGUGGAGUCAGGAGGGUUCUAGUGAUGACCUCCGACAUAGUCCUGAAGGAUGAGCUAUUUUCCAGAACAAAGGGUGGGGAGGUGGGGAAGAGGUUGGAGGUUUUUGAGACAGGGUCUCACUAUAUGGCCUAGCUUGGUCUUGAAUUCACUCUGUAGACCAGGCUGGCCUUGAACUCUUCAUCCUUCUGCCUCAGCCUCCUGAGU